AGAUCAUGCCGCUGCCAGCGGCAAUACUGUUCUCUGGCUGCCCGCCAAAGUCCCUCCAGAAAACGAUUUAGAUUUAGUCAACAUUGAGAACAAUCAAAACGAAGAGAUGGUCAAGCCCAUGCUCAGAACUGAGGUCCAGGCCAAAGCCAUGAUCAGAACCAAUGUCAAGACCAAAGGAGGAAGAGGAGGACGCGAGUCGAGCAUAAAGAAGAAUGAAAAACCACCAACCCCACCAAUAUCACCAACUCAGAUGGUGAGUUACGAUGGCUGGGCUCAGAAUCCAGACAGGCCCAACAGCCGGCAGAGAGACCUGAUUGUCAAUGACAACAGGGAAGUGGCCAGGCCCAGAAUGCCAAUCAAAAGGAGCCAAAAGCCUGGGAGUCCAAAGCCUGGGAGUCAAAAGCCUGGGAGUCCAAAGCCUGGGAGUCCAAAGCCUGGGAGUCCAAAGCCUGGGAGUCCAAAGCCUGGGAGUCCAAAGCCUGGGAGUCCAAAGCCUGGGAGUCCAAAGCCUGGGAGUCCAAAGCCUGGGAGUCAAAAGCCUGGGAGUCCAAAGCCUGGGAGUCAAAAGCCUGGGAGUCAAAAGCCUGGGAGUCAAAAGCCUGGGAAUCAGAAGACUUGUAAGAAAGGGAGUACAAAAAAUGGAAAAGAAUGGGCCAAGAAAAAUCAGGACACCACACGAAGUAAGGAAUCUACCACAGACCACAACACUUAUGCAGGGCCCAUCCCAGUGAUGGCAGGACCGUAUCUGGAUGUGGUCCGGAGGUCAGCUGCUGAUUGUGAGUCUGUACUACCAUCAGCCCAGGAGAAUGCUACCCUAGCCCCGGGUGCCAUGGAGCUGAGGACCGGGCCUGGAGGCCCUGGAGCUCAUCCUAGGAACCAUUGCUGGAGUAACCCAGCUGAGAACGUUCAGGCCUGUGGGACAUCCUACCACAUCUGUCGCAGGCCCCUCACAGACUACCCCGUUUAUGCCCAUGACUACACCCUGCCCCGGGCCAAGGACAAACACCAGGAUCUGUACCAAGAUGAGAGCCUGAAACGAGACCCCUCGCCCCAGGGUGUCUCUCUCUCUGUUACUGAUGUGGACCUCUGCAACCCCAAUGUGAGUUAUUGGCAAAAAACGACAACAUAGCCAUCUGCUAAAGUAGAUUAUAGUAGAUUAUAUAGUAUGUCUGUAAUAGACUGGAACAAAAAUGUCCACAAAAUGCCCAAUCUAUACCCUACUUCAAAUGCAUUGGAACGAACCAAUCAUUACAUUCCAUUGAAAUAGAUGAUUUGGGUUUAUUUUAACCCAUAGUAAGUGACUGCUAUAAAAACUAUGGUUUGGUAAACAAACACUAGGAAAGAGGAUGGGCUCACAUGCACUCAUUGAGAUAUUUCUAUACAUGCAGUAUACUGUAUCAAUCGGAAAUUCAGUGAGCACAUGCUCUGGGUGCUUUGUGUGAGACAAAGCUGUUGUUUGGACUUUACGUGACAUUGGGGCAGAUUAUUUCAGAUUACUCCAGUGUUGUGAUUGCGUUGGCUCCUAUAUAUAUGUUUUUUCUUUGGUUCCUGGAGAGAGAUCAACACCUAUUGGUUACAGGCCAUUGAACGCAAAACUAGGGAAAAGUAGUGGCUAGUGUUUGAAAUGUUUAUCUUUAGAAUGCUGUAACAUGUCUAUUUAAGAUUUUUCUUUCUAAUAAACAGGGUUAUAAAAUAUUAAAUAGGACCAUGUCUAAAAAUAUAGGAUUAUACUGUAUCUGUCAACAGCAUCAAAUCAAAAAAGAAACAUUCCUAAUGUCACAGUAGUAGUGUUUAGGGUGUUCCAUUCUAAAUCAAUAUUCGUGUGUGUACUGUAGAUACAUUUCCACUGCAUGCUACCCUCUAGUAACUUCAUGUACAGUCGUGGUCAAACGUUUUGAGAAUGACACAACUAUACAUUUUGACAAAGUCUGCUGCCUCAGUUUGUAUGAUGGCAAUUUGCAUAUACUCCAGAAUGUU